AUGGCUGUCGAACGGCGAGCUAGACGGCCAGAGGACGCGGGACGAAGGCGGAGCAGCGGUUGGACUCGCGGCUGCAUGGGACUGGACGCGACAAGCGAGCUAGCUGCUCUGGUGGGCUUGCGGGGCUUCGGACGGCUGCUGGUCGCUCUCCACUGGUUUCUCAAGCUUUUUCCCUUCCUCUACCAUGGAGAAAGCUGCUGCACUGGGGGAUUCGGGGAAGGAGAAGCUUCACUGAAGCAAGGGGCCCCCAAGAGCUCUUCUAGCUUCAACACUUGUUUCAAAGAUGAAGACAUUGGCUUUACUUCCAUUGACGGAAGUGAUAAUUAUUGCCUUAUAGGGUGCCUCUUGCUCCUAAACGCGGACGGCGCCGACGCCGUCGCCUUCCCAAGCCCCACCGAUAGGCGGUCCAUUGGCGACUCCCGUACGUCCGAAGGCCAUCAGCCUCAAGCUUCCGAUGGGAGAGCUUCUGCAGCAACCAGAUCGGGAAAGGCUGAUGGCCUGCAUUAUACUAACAAGUUGCAUGCUUUUGUGCAAUAUGAAUCCAUCAAUGUAGCUGAGAAAACAGCAAAACCCUCUCAAGCACGGGGAAGAAGGGACAUGAUGGAGAAGAACCCUGGGAAGAAGAAGAUGCUUCUAUAUCUGAGCAACGACCAGAGCAACAACUUGAGGAGUCUUUUGAGCAAUCUGAUGCUCACUUCCAAGGGAAUAUGGGGAAGGGCAGAGCGAGGCUGAGUUCGGGGAAGAGGACGUAAAGGAGGCCAAUACCAUCAGAAUAAUUGGGGAAAUCAUUUGGGGGCUCUUCUUUAAACAGUCUCACCAGUAAUGAGAAUGCAAUUGUGGCGAAGCAGCCUCUGGGACCUUGCAUGCCAGAUGGAACAAGAGGAUUCGCGAUGGGUUGUGGGAAGCAAGUCUCAGUUAAGUACCACAUGACCACGUCAUGUGAUAUCAUCAUCUCUGUGUGUUUGUCUUCAACUGAUAGAUAUCACUCUCUUGGAAGUACUUCUUUGGAUUAACUGUGCACCUUAGAAAUUUACAUGCUUUUACUCCUGCGUCUUUGCUGUCAUUUAAUGAAUGCGAGCAUUGUGAUAGGUUACAUAAGCACAUCAAAAAACGAUGGUCGUGGAUGUUUAACAUUGAGAUGUCCUAAUCCAUCUUGUGGUUCUGCAGUUGGUCAAGACAUGAUAAAUCUAUUAGCGCCUGAAGAAGAUAAGAAAAAGUAUUCUCAAUAUCUUCUUCACUCGUACAUUGAAGACAAUAGAAAGACCAAGUGGUGUCCUACCCCUGGUUGUGAAUACGCUGUAGAAUAUUUUGCAGGCCGUGAAGGUUACGAUGUUUCCUGCCAAUGCUCUUUCAACUUUUGCUGGAAUUGUACAGAGGACCGUUCAAUAGAAUGUGGCACUGUGGCACAGUGGAUCAUGAAGAAUAGUGCUGAAUCUGAAAAUAUGAACUGGUACAGAUAACUUUAAGCAUGUAGAAUUUGCCAUCAUUUGGGUUCUAUGACAAUGGUGUACAACGGAUUGUGUGGUCUUUCCUCUUUCAAGAAACAAGACUGUUUUAUGUGACUUACUUACUAGGUUGGACAUAGAUAGUCCUAUUUGGGCAUGCUUUUAUCAGCAGUAUGAGAUAUUUGAUGGCCUAAAGGGCUAUCAUAUAUGGUGUAACCUUUGGACCUUCUAAAA